AUGGAUCAAUCUCCUCGGGGACGAAAGCGACCCUACUUAAAUUACGUCGAGGAGUUUGUAUUCACAACUGCCACCGAGUUUCCAGAAUACCCAGAGUACCUAGAGUACCCAGAGCAUCAGGAGUAUCUAGAGUUUCCAGAGGAUCUAGAAGAUCCAGAUCGGUCGGUGCUUGCAACCAAAUCCAGCCCUUCACCUCAGGAAUACGAACAUGAGUCGCCUUUCAACAUGAAGAUACACAUGCCCAUGCCUCUACACCACCCGAAGGCGGGGUUGCUAAGGACUCAGUCGCCCUUGACCAGGCAACACUUGUCAUUACCGUGCCCUACCCUUUUCCAUCGCGCGACGACGGCGACACCGACACUGACACCGCUGGUUCGCACUCUCGACGCACCGCUUCCGCAUUCGUACGGCUCGUUGGUGACUCUCGACCCGGCCUCGCUGUCUCCAAUCCCGGACCCGGUCGCCAUCGCAGAGAUCAAACGCCUUGCUGGCCCGGUUCGCCAGCAAAACGGGUACGGGGAUGUGCCUGAGAUGACCGAGGUGUUGACGAGAGACGACGCCAGCGAAGAUCCAACUUCCAGCGACAUCCAGGGACCAACUCUAGCAUCGAACGAGAUUUUGGACGGAGUUUUCGGCGACUACACGGCAGAAAUGGCGGGGGCAGACUUUGACAUUAUCCUGAGCCAGCUUGUGGUUCAUAACUUUGACGAUCCUCCUGUGAAAGACGAGCAAGGUGGUGGCAGCUUAGGCAAGCAGUAA